UCCAUAAAUGAGAAACACACUCGGAUGUUGUUGCCAGUUGAUUGGAGCGCACAGCAAUCGUCACGCUUAUUGGCAGACAGCAGUGGAAACUACCCCACCAUGCUAUCCGCUCGCGUCAUUGUACAUAUCGACUUCCAAAACUUCUGCCCUCAUGCCGAUCUCUUUGAAAGAAAAAAAAUUCCCUGAUCAAUGCCGCCCGCCUAGCGCCCAGUUAAAUCCAGGGAAUCUGCUGUAGGGAAGAAAAGGAAAAACAAACAGUACAACAAUAUUCUCCUCAAGCUUCUCGUCACUCGCCCAUACUCCACAAUGGACAUGACCCGCGACCCACUGUCCGCCUCACCCCCCGACGCCGAGCGCCCAGACGCCUCGAUAGACGUCUCUCACUCGCUCGAGUACUGGAAUAGCGUCUCGGCCGACGUGAACGGCAUGCUUGGCGGUUUCCCCCAGACCACGCGCAUUGAUUUGCAAGGCUCGUCCAACUUCCUCACAAAGCUGCGCCGCGGCAGAGCCAAUGCAUCCUCCAAGGAACCCCUGCCGCCUUUACAGCGUGUAGCCGACUGUGGCGCGGGUAUCGGCCGCAUAACAAAAGGUUUACUGCUGGGCGUGAGCGAAAAGGUCGAUGUUGUGGAGCCCGUCAAGAAGUUUACCGACGAGCUGGUGCAAAGCCUAGCCAGCGAGGAACAAAAGGAGGGAAGAGGCCAGUUGGGUGAGGUUAUCAAUCUCGGUCUACAGGACUGGAUACCCGAGUCUGGCACGUACGAUGUCAUUUGGAACCAGUGGUGCCUCGGACACUUGACCGACGCACAACUAGUCGUGUACCUCGAGCGCUGCAAGCAAGGACUCAAACCAGCAACAGAAGGCCAGGAUACGUUUAGGAGUUGUAUCAUUGUCAAGGAAAACAUGUCGACGGAUAUCAAGCACAAGGACAUCUACGACGACGAAGACUCGAGCGUCACACGGUCCGACGCAAAGUUCCGCAUGCUCUUCCAACAGGCUGGCCUGAAGAUUGUUGCCACAGAGCAGCAGAAAGGUAUGCCGAAGGAGCUAUUCCCCGUACGUAUGUACGCACUCAGACCAGAGUAAACAUAAGCCAAAGAAAAUCAUGAUACCCCCCCACCCCUCAAUUAAUGUAAAAUAGAAUGCC